GGUUUGGAAUUGGGGAAUCCAGGCCCAGCCCUUGGAUCCCGGGGGGUGGGGAGGGGGAUUCGGCCUGGAAUACCAUGCGGGACCGGACCUGUGAGCUGAGGCAGGGGGAGGACAGCUCCGACGAGGAGGGGAAUGAGCGGGUGGCCUUGGUCAUCCACCCGGGGACGGCGAAAUUGGGAAGCCCCGACGAGGCAUUCUUCCAGAAGGUCCGCGAAAUCCGACAGACCAUGGGCAAACUGGAGAACAAAGUCAAGGAGCUGGAGAAGCAGCAAAUUACCAUCCUGGCUACGCCCCUGCCUGAGGAUAGCAUGAAACAGGGCCUUCAGAACCUUCGGGAAGAGAUCAAACAGCUGGGAACGGAGAUCCGGACCCAGCUGAAGGCUAUUGAUCCCCCAAAGGAGGGAGAAGAUGAGAACCAAAACUCAGUCAACAUCAGGAUGAGGAAAACACAGCACGGAGUGCUCUCCAAGCAGUUUGUAGAGCUCAUCAACAAGUGUAACGUGACCCAGUCAGAAUAUCGGGAAAAGAACGUGGAGCGGAUCCAGAGACAGCUAAAGAUCACCAACGCUGGAAUGGUGUCCGAGGAAGAAAUAGAGCAGAUGCUGGAGACUGGACAGAGCGAGGUGUUUGUGUCCAAUAUCCUGAAGGACACCCAGGUGACCCGACAGGCGCUGAACGAGAUCUCGGCCCGACACGGGGAGAUCCAGCAGUUGGAGCGCAGCAUCCGGGAGCUCCAUGAAAUUUUCACCUUCCUGGCUACCGAAGUUGAGAUGCAGGGGGAGAUGAUUGAUAGGAUUGAGAAAAACAUCCUGACCUCGGCUGACUAUGUGGUGCGCGGCCAGGAGCACAUCCAUUCCGCGGGGGAGAAUCAGAAGAAAGCCAGGAAGAAGAAGGUCAUGCUCGCCAUCUGCGUCUCCAUCACUGUCCUCAUCCUUGCCCUGAUCAUCGGCAUUGCCAUAAAGACCGGAUAGCACCUUCCUCCGCCCACAGAUACGGGGGAGCCUAGGCCUCUUCCCCGAGCAGCCGGGGAAGGAGGCUGGACCCGCGCCGCCUCCUCGCCGUCCGCUACCCGUAGAACAGGCUGGGGAUUGGGACAGGUGAUUCUCUUCGGGGCGGGGCGGGGGGAAUGGGUGGAAGGACCUUUUGGGGUUCAGUGCCCCCGGCCCUCCCUCCGGGACCCAGGCAGCCCGUCCUCCCGGACGUCGCUCACAUCGCCGCCGUCCUGCUUCCUAGGUUUCCCCACUCGAAACUCAAGCCUCCCGGCCCCCACUCCCGGGUUGUGGGGGCGGUGUCCGGGUCCUCGGGGUAAAGCUAGGAUUGGCGGGCUGGGGCGGCGGGGAACGGAUCCCAUCCCUCUUGAGCAUCCCUUUACGCCAUGUCUUUGGACCGGGGCCCGCCAACAGUGACUCGCAGUUUUGUAAGAAAUUAAAAGAGACAAACCGAGCUUGGAAA